AUGUAUGUGAAAUGGUUUGAUACAGUAAUGUUUUUUACGAUGUGAUUUUAGUGAAUGUCACUUUUUGUCAUUUUCAAAUUUCCCGCCAGUUCCAUCCCCGUACGUCCCGACGCUCGCAGGGGACGGAACCCAGAUGACAGAUGCCACCAUCUGCCGGAGGACAAUACAGGGGACACUGCAGGAGGGACAUCGCGGGAGCGCAGGACAAGGUAAGUGAUCGAGGGAUCCCGGAGCAGCACCGCAUGGUAAGCCCGAGUGUAGCUCGGGGUUACCGCUUGUGCUACACUCGGGAAUACCGCCAGGGAGGCUAC